UCCAGGGUGGAGCAGAGGGGACACACACUCACAGCUUGUGCAAGUGAGAACCCACAGAACGUGAGCUAGGGGAGGCUGCUUGAGAAGUUCUUGCCUGCUCAAAAAUCUUAGUUUGCUCUUGUUUUUGUUGUUGCGUUUGUGUUGAGAAGCUAGGCAUCUGAAGUUUUACAGUUUCUUAUUUUAUUUAAAAGUAGACCAGUGGAUUGAAGAUGAAAUUAAAUAUUGCCAUCUUCUUUGGGGCCCUCUUUGGAGCUUUGGGAGUUUUGCUCUUUCUGGUGGCUUUCGGUUCGGAUUAUUGGCUUCUUGCGACUGAAGUGGAGAGGUGUUCAAGUGAACAGCAAAUAGCGAAUAUCACCUUCUACCAUGAAGGGUUCUUCUGGAGAUGCUGGUUUAGCGGGGUCAUGGGGGAAAAUGAUUCCAGCACCUAUAAGUUCUGGUACACCAAUCAGCCACCGUUUAAGAACUGUACCCACGCCUACCUGUCCCCGUACCCCUUCACGUGGGGCCAGCACAACUCAACCGCCUAUGACUCUGCAGUCAUUUACCGUGGCUUCUGGGCAGUGCUGAUGCUCCUCGGGGUGGUGGCCGUGGUGAAUGCCAGUUUCCUGAUCAUCUGUGCAGCCCCCUUCUCCAGCCACCUGCUCUACAAAGCCGGCGGGGGCUCCUACAUCGCCGCAGGCAUCCUGUUUGUCAUGGUGGUGCUGCUGUAUAUCAUCUGGGUCCAGCUGGUAGCUGACUUGGAGACCUAUCGGAGCGAGAAGCUGAAGGACUGUCUGGAGUUCACCCCGUCCGUCCUGUUUGGCUGGUCUUUCUUUGUCGCCCCGGCAGGGAUAUUUUUCUCUUUGCUGGCUGGCUUGCUCUUUUUAGUGGUUGGACGGCAUAUUCAGUUACAUCACUAAACAAACUGUGGCCACUGGCAUUUCCUUGAAAGAUUUUAAAACACAGCCUAUUUUCUUUUUCAUUUUAUUCUAGAAAUAUCAGCAUUUGGUAUACCUUCCUACUCAUUUUUUGGAAUGAAGCAUUGUACCUGUGAUGUCCUCUCAUAGUUAAGUCCUAGAAUUGCUCCCAAAAGCGACAUGUUCCCGUCUCACCUAAGUACUGUCAAGGACCCGAUUCUCCAGUAGAGCAGUACCUCAAUUUCCUUUUCAUGGCACAUUUUGGGAUCCAGGCAGGUUGCAUAGGCCCAGUAAUACUGUACCAUCACUUGGGGCAAAUCAAGAUAUGGUUUAAAGUCUCCUUUCUUGACAUUUGCUUCUGCUGCUAAUUUAAAAACAAGAUCUUGGAGACAAAUUAAGGUGAAAAACAUAUCAUCAGAGAAUUUCUUUCAAUUCUCCCCUACUCACAUACCUAUCCACUUAUACAUACCCUGAGUCCUGUUAAUAAAUGAUUCACUAUUUAAAAAUAGAUGACAGUUAUUCUUGUUAGCAGGAACUACAGACCUCUAAGUUAAAAUGGAUCCUAACAAAUAAAACUCAAAAUAUGUAUUUUGUUUUUUCUUACCAACAUUAAUUUGCUAACCUAAUUCUGUUCUCUUAAUUGUGCAUGGUCACACAAGCCUUAAACUAUACUUGAAACUGGCAGAUCUGUACACCAAAUUUUAUAUAAUACAAAUGCAGAUUUUAUAAACUUAAAGUUAGUUAAUCGUAUAAUGUAAUAUGGUUGAAAAUGUGUAAAAGCUAAGCACCUCAACUCAGUACAUAAUUCUAUUUGAUAUUUUGAAAUUCCCAUUUAAAAAUUACAUUGUUAAGGUGUUCAGUAUAUGAAAAUUUACUGGUGAAAUGUGCUUUGAAUAUUCUCCACCUAUAAAGUUUUGAAAUACUUUCAUAUGAGGGUUAGAAUAGUCUUGCUUUGUGAAAAGAGUAUAAAAUAUUAACUCUCCCCUAGAUUUUAUAGGUACUGGUUCUUCUGAUCAUUUUAUGUCUUUAACUAUUGCCCCUCAAUUUCUUCCUCUUUACAAUAGGCAUAUUAACAUUUACCGAUCUUCAAUUUCCUUUACUUCCUAGAAGGGAAGAUUUUAAAAAAUCUUUUUGUUGGGGGGAAAAUGCCUCUUUACUAUUUGCUAGCAUAGACAUGUUGCAUAUCAGAGAAGUUCCACUGGCAUGAAUGUUGACUGGAAUCAAACCCAUCUAAGAGAUGUAGGUAUUUGUAUUCUGGAAGCUUCCAUCAUGGUAUUAGUGAAGAAACAGCAACUCAACACUAGGUACGCACUUUGCUGGAGACCCCUCCCUGUUUCCUUCAAGAGCUGGGGAGAGGAAAAGGCCGGACUCAGAGGCAGAGGACAAGAGCCUGGAGGAUGCUCUGGCAGGAUGGCGGUGGCUUCCCACCCUCCUGUGUCUCAUGGAGAGCUUGCUUGACCCUUCUUUGCCAGCCUUCUAUUCAUCCUGAGGCCUGUGUGGAUGGGAGGGGCCUGAGAAGUGACGGUGUCAGCUUUCUACAGACUCCUGAGGACAUUCUAGUAAUAGUUAGGACUCGCCUGUAACAAUGAUAAAAAGAAUUUUUUAAAAGCUCCAGACUUUUAACUGUUUUCUCAAGUCAUUUCGAUGAUUAUCGUGAAUGUUUUUGUGGUCCUUCUCCUUUGUCUUCUUUGGUUUCAUUUUUAUAUUGCUUCAUUUACUUCUUUGCCUUUUCAGCUUGAUUAUUAGAAAAAAUACUUAUUGGUUCUGUUAUGCAUUUGGACUGUGUUUGUUAGUAAGUUAUGGCAUGCCAUUUAGGUUUCUGGACAAUGCUUACAUGUAUUUGAUUAGCUCAUGUCAUCUGAAAAUAUGAUUCCUGUUCUUAGCAUAUUGGAAUGGAACCUUUUUUGGAGUAUUUUAUGCCAUUUAAAUUUCAUGUACAAGCUGCUUUUAGUAAAAGUCUCAGUAUUUAUAA